AUGGCAAAGCUAAGUUUCAUUGGUGUUUUAAUGCUUAUGGGAUUCUUCACCUCAGAAGUAAGAGUAACAUCAACAGAUUGGCAGCAAGCUCAUGCAACUUUCUAUGAUGGACCAAAGGGGGGUGCAUGUGGGUAUGAAAAUCAAUUAAUAAAUGAUUAUGGAAAAAACACAGCUGCUUUGAGUGAGGCUUUGUUUAAUGAUGGCAGAUCAUGUGGUGGCUGCUAUCAGAUUGUUUGUAAUGCAAGUCAAGAUCCCCAAUGGUGCCUUAAGCGAACUUCCGUAACAGUUACUGCCACUAAUUUUUGUCCCCCAAACUAUAGUCUCCCUAGUGACAAUGGUGGUUGGUGUAAUCCUCCUAGACCACAUUUUGACAUGUCUCGCGCCGCUUUCGAGACCAUCGCAAUAUAUAAGGCUGGGAUUGUUCCAAUCUCUUACAGAAAAGUUGGGUGCAAAAGAGAUGGAGGCAUGAGAUUUACAAUGAACGGGGUUGAUUAUUUUGAGCUAGUGGUUAUAAGCAAUGUAGGAGGAGCAGGGGAUAUUUGGAAUGUUUGGAUCAAAGGGUCAAAAAUAGAGAAUUGGGAAUCCAUGUCAAAGAGUUGGGGUGCUAAUUGGCAAAGCUCAAGGUAUCUAAAAGGUCAAAGCCUGUCCUUCAGAAUUCAACUGAGUGAUGGAAAAACUGUUAUAGCUAAGGAUGUGGUACCCUCUGAUUGGAGAUUUGGUCAAACUUUCAGCAGCAAUGUCCAGUUCUGA